AUGGAACUCAACGCUCCUUUCAACUCGGUCCCUGCCAACGGCGGUCCUGCCCCCAACCAAAUGGCCUUCUCCAACGGUACUCCUCCCGCCACCGACAUGGGCUCGGUUGCCCCUCCUCCUGGAGCAGGUGGUGAUGCCGCCAAGACGACUCUGUGGAUGGGAGAACUUGAACCCUGGAUGGACGAGAACUUCAUUAAGGGCGUGUUCUUGUCCGCUGCCGGAGAGACUGUCAACGUCAAGGUCAUCCGCGACAAGAACUCGGGCAAUGCUGGAUACUGCUUCGUCGAAUUCCAGUCCCCCGAUGCGGCCACAAAGGCCCUGGGCCUCAACGGCACUCCCGUCCCCAACAGCUCCCGUCAGUUCAAGCUUAACUGGGCAUCUGGCGGCGGUCUUGUUGACCGACGUGAUGACCGCGGCCCCGAGUACAGCAUCUUUGUUGGUGACCUCGGCCCUGAGGUCAACGAAUACGUUUUGGUUUCUCUCUUCCAGGCGCGCUUCCCAUCCUGCAAGUCUGCUAAGAUCAUGACCGAUGCCAUGUCCGGCCAGAGUCGUGGCUAUGGGUUUGUUCGUUUUUCCGAUGAGAACGACCAGCAGCGCGCUCUUGUCGAAAUGCAGGGCGUUUACUGCGGCAACCGCCCCAUGCGCAUCUCCACUGCCACCCCCAAGAACCGCGGAAACCACGGCUUCGGCGGCCACGCUGGCCACCAGAACGGCCCUAUGAUGGCUGGUGGUAUGCCUCAGCAGCAGAUGUGGGGUGGUAUGCAGGGUUUCCCUUACGGAGGUUUUAACCCGGCCACCCAGAUGAACCAGUUCACCGAUCCCAACAACACCACCGUCUUCGUUGGAGGUCUUUCCGGCUACGUUACCGAGGAUGAGCUUCGAUCGUUCUUCCAGGGAUUCGGCGAGAUCACCUACGUCAAGAUCCCCCCUGGCAAGGGCUGCGGCUUCGUUCAGUUCGUCCACCGCCAUGCUGCUGAGAUGGCCAUCAACCAGAUGCAGGGUUACCCGAUUGGUAACUCUCGCGUCCGUCUGAGCUGGGGUCGCUCGCAGAACAACUCUGGUGUUGGUACCCCCUACCGCCCUGCCCCCCCUCCGCCUCACUACAUGGGCAUGCCCAGCCACGGCCCCGGUAACUACGGUCCUCAGCACUUUGGCGGACCUGCUCCUGGUCCCCAAGGUCCUGCUGGACCGCCGGGACCUCCCGGCCCUGCUGGCCCUCCCCAGGUAUGGCAGUUGCCCCUGGAGCCCGUUGCGGCCCAACGUGUUUACCAUGGCUGA